AUGCGUCCGACUCCCAUUUCGUACCGCGCCAAGCCGUCGUUCCAGCCGCACGUUGGCCGAUUCACGCCAACCGCAGCCUUCAAGUGGGCACCGACGCUCGCCAUGUGGGGCGGUGCCGGUGCGGGCGCUGUGAUGCUCUUCAUGUCGUCCGUCCCCAUCUUUAAGAAGGACGUUCUCAUCAAGCUCCCUGUCAUCGCGGGCUACUUCGAGGACAAGACGCACCCUGCGGACAACGCUUUCUGA